AUUUCAAAUUAUCCGCACUGCUAUAUAUGAAUAUUAUCAAUCAAAAUGUAACUCAUUUAAUCUUUAUAACUUAGGAUACCAUUAAUUCAGAAUCAGAAUCAAAUAUCACUCUUCCAAAUAACUCUCAUCAAGCAUAACCUAUUAAUAUAGUUAACCAAAUUAUGGAUGAAUAGAUUAUUCCCUAAUUUAACCUAUUCUAAUAUAAUAUUCAAGAAAAAAGUGUAGUAUUGCACUUAAAUUAAAAAAUCAGUAUAAAUAAGAGGUUGUUAAAAACUAACAGAGUAAAAAUAUAUUUUAUAUUAAUAGAGAAAAUAUAAAAAAUCUUUAAAUAGACAUAAUCUACUUAAAAUUAUUGCUCAAUAAGACUUAAGUGAUUUAUUUUGAUCAAAAUGUGG